GAACUUUAACUCAACAAUUCUUACUCCAAGCUUGAUAAUUCCAUAUAAAUGAUUUUUCAACAUUUUCCUGUCAGCAUCUGAAUGUCCCAAAUUCCGUGUGCUUUCAAGUGAAAGAAAAAAAAGAACAAUUUCUCCACGGCUUUCUUUCGCCGAUAUGAGAAAGGCAAUCAUCGGAGAUCAAACGGUUAUCGAUAAUGAACUCGCUAUAAGUCCAUCGCUAACUGGUGUUUAGGACAAAAAAAAGAAAAUAAUAGAAAAAUAACGCGAUUUUUGUUGGAAAAUUAAUCUUAAUUCAUGCUUCCCGAGUUGGGGAGUCUUAAUGUCUGCGCUAGCGCCGCUUGCACCCUCAAUGAAGGACGCGCUGCAGCCGGACAACUACAAUGGAACGACGAACGAAGAGGAGUCGUCGCCCGCGCUCCACGCGUUCUGCGUUCUCCGAAACAACAAUGGCAAUAAUAUUGGCAUCCCCUCCCUCGCCGUGCAUCCCACAGCGUUCAGCGAAACCAGUGGCAGCGGGAGCAUGAGUGGCAGCUGCAGCACCACCACCCUCAGUGGCAGUGAUUCCCUGUGGACCAAUAGUUGCAGCUUCACAAACAGCACUUGUGGCGGCGGUGGCAGCAAGCCCCAUGAGGUGGCGCAGGCCCUGGCCAACUCAAUGGCCCUGCGUGGCCACGAGAACCUCAAUCUCAGUCUGCACAUGAACCUGGGCAAGGGAUUUUCGGUGACUGGCCAUCGCAAGGGCGGCUACCAAAACAAAGGUGAUCAAAACUCCGGAACGUCAAGCAAUGGCGAGGAACUGCGCCUCUCGAAGAUCAUCCGUCGCCUGUGCAAUGAAACAAAUCCCACUGUGGCCUUGGAUCUGUGCGGGAAGCUGGAGCAGGCGGUGCGCAUGCCCAUCAACAUGGGCUAUAUGUCGUGCUCGUUCGUUUGGAUACUGGAGAGCAUGCUGACCCUGUUCAAGCAAUGCCCACCGCCGGUCCUGGAAGAGUGCAGCAAAAUCCUGGGAGUGAUUGGUUACCUCAACCGGAAGUCCUAUCCCGUGUUCGAGGAGUUCAUUUUGAAGAACUACAAAAGCAGCAAGCGGAUGCAGAGGUACCUAAUACUCGCCCUGCGAUCCACACUCAGUUGCGACACCAAGUGUGAGCUGCUUCCGUUCUCCGAUAAGAUCAUGCUGCUGCUCAAGGACUUCCUAGAGACAGCGGAGAACGCCGAAAGCUUUAUGGUUAUAAGCAAUACGUUGGUCCUAUUCUCGGCCAGCUACCGUGAGGCCUUCGAGUGUCAUUUCACGGACGUGGUGGACAUCAUCAUUGGCUGGCAAUUGGAGGUUAGUUCGGGCCAGCCCACCCACCUGAAGGCUCACUGUGCCCAGGUCUUGGAGCAACUGACUCCGUACUUCAGCAAGCAGAUUGACUUUAGCUACGGCCUAUUGGCCCAGUUCGUUGAGGACAUCACGGCGCUGGAUUUCGAGGAAUGUGAGACGUCGGCGGUCCGUAUGGGCGCCUUUGUAGGCGCCUUCAAUACCCUGCUCAAAUGCAUGGCCCGGAUGCAGAUGUUUGAGGGCAUACCCGCCUGCGAGUCGAUUGUCCAGCUUGCCGUGAAUCAUCUGGUUAAGAUCCAGCCCGGCAGCCUGCUUACCACGGACGCCGCUUUGGUCAGUAUCAAUGAGCUGCUCUGCAUUUGCCUGCUAAACGGCUUUGGAGGCCUGGACGCUGAUACCCUAGAGGAGCUACUUCUGUGCCAAUUUGAGGAGAUUUAUCGGCUGAGUGAGUUCCAGAGGCAAAGCCUCCUAUAUUUGCUUCUCUGCACCGUCCGGAGGUUGCGUGCCCGCUUCCCCAAGAGCCUGGUGCAGCUAAUAUUCCGGUCUAAUCCAUAUCUGGCGGAAUUAAAGCGACAGAAGCCGGGCGGCAAGACAUAUAAGCUGCUCCUACGCACCUGCCAAGAGACGCUGCUCAUCCGGAAUGUCCCACUACUGCAGCAGGCCUACAAGCAUCUAGUGGACGAUGUGGAUGCCUGUGUGCGCCAGCUGCAAUUGAACUGCACAUCUGAUGCCGAGCGCCGGGCCAGUGAGGAGGCGGGCGUGCUGCUGGUCUUCCAUUUGGCGGCCUUGGCAGCACUGGCCAAGCAAACGUCGUCCAUUAUUGGAAUGUACGCCUGCCAGCCGUCGAUCCUGGAGUUGCUGCUUACGAAUUGUCGCGCGCAGGACAUGACGCUGUGGAGCAAAUACCCAGCUGCGCAUCAGACCGUAUUGAGUCUCCUUGUGGUCCAUUGCCAGGCGAAUCACAACUUCCGUACGAACUCCAGCCUGCUGCGAGAUCAGGACUUGGCCGAGAACACAUCGCCCACGGCCCAUAGCUUUGCCAGCAUUCUGCGUUUCCUGGACAUGAUCCUUAAGGAGGCAAGUCAACUAGCACCGCACAAUCUGCGCAUCCUGCUGCAGUGGACCCAGAUGCUUCUUGCCGAAUGCAGAGAGAAGGCCAGCCUGCUGAUGGUUCAGACGAAUUUCCAAGGCAUCUGCCGAAGCAUUGCCUGCAACGCGGCCAAAUGGACGCCCCUGGAGAGUGGCUCCUGCAUGCAAACCGUGCUGGAGUAUGGCCCCAAGGAGCUGCAUCAUCACCUGCCCGAGCUGCUUGUCCUUUAUCGGGAUACUGCCCUCCAGCAGCUGCAGGUACUGGCCCCCAGUGGACACCAUGGACUGUUCGCUCACAUCUACGCCCAACUACCACUGAACGUGACCCUGCCCGGAUGCGGUGUCUCCUCCCUGCCGGGAAUGACCAGCCGAAGGCUGUGCGUAUGGCAGCAGAGGAUGAGCCAGUGCAGCGCUGUGCGGGACAGUGUCUUCCGUGAUUUUGUGGAGCGUCUGCAGCAACCGGACCAAGCGCCGCUGACCAGCAACAGUGGUCUUCGCGAUCUCUUCGUACGCAGCUGCCAGGUGGCACCGCAGGAUGAGCGACAGGACAAGCUGUCGCAGUGCACCCGACGCUGCCAACGUUUGGCCACCGCCUGGCUGCAGUUCGAGGCGGCGCGUUACUGUGUGGAUCAGCGCCUGAGGACGACGCUGGGCAAGCCGCAGGACACGUUCCUGGGCUUUGAGGCCAUCAUUAUGCGGCAUGCCCGCCUCUUGAGCGGCUGUGCCAAGGAGGCCGAGCGUACGGCGCUUGGCAAUCUGUCCCUGGAGGAGUUGUCCAACAUACAGGCAAAUCUGUGCAUGCUCCUGGGCUUCCUCGAUGCACUGGAGAAGCUUAUCUACAAUGCCGCCGAGGGCAGUGCCUUUGCCCUGCGUCCGCCGGAGAAGCCAGUGGCGGCAUUCUUUCGCCUCAACAAUCCCACCUGUCAGUCGUGGUUCAAUCGCAUCCGGAUUGGCGUCGUGAUUAUAGCCAUGCACAUCCACCAGCCGGAGUUGGUCAUCCGCUACGCCCAGCAAAUCCUGCUCACGCAAAAGUCGCAGGACGUCACCUAUAGCCAGGCUAUUGUGUACAUGGCCUGGGCCUGGGUUAGCUGCCGGGAGGCGGACUCCCUGCGAGGUCUCUCUAUAUGGGCACGCUCCAAGAGCAGCAGCAGCAGCAGCAGCAGCAACAACAAGAGCUUCCAUUGGCUACAGUAUGCCGCAGAUCAGGCAGCGGGCAAACGAGAGUCCGCCCUGGCCGGCUACCGUAGCCUCUUGGCCGAUGAGGAGACGGAACUGGAGCCGCUCACCCGACAAUUUGUUCUGGCCCAGAUCAUGCAGUGCCUGCAGGACACCGGCCAGUGGUCGCAGCUGGUGGAUAUGAAGCAGCAGCAGUUCCAGCGACCCGAGGAUCGUGAAUUGAACCCCUUCCUGCAGCGCAGCAAUGUGGAGGUGAGUGCCCUAGAACGACUUUUAGCUAGGGCAGAGGACGCAACAUCCAAGGAGCUUGGUGGCGCCUUGCAGCAGCUAAGCCUGUGGCCCAGCGGCUGGGAGGAGACGGAGCGUAGCCAUGCCAGCUUCUCAGCGGUUCACAUUCAACGACGCACCGAGGAUCUGGUGCAGCACAAGCUGCUGGAGUGGCGCUGCCUGCCGGAUAACGUGGUGGGCCUGCUGGACACUCAAUGGCGCGACAGCCUCCUUAAUCCCAGCUGCGAUCAGAGGCCCUGCCAGGAGCUCACUCUGCUGCGACACAUUGUACAGGGCGUAGGAGGCGCCCAGGAGCUAUGCCUACUCCCUCUGGAUGGCGCCAGGAGAGGAAGAAUGCCGCCACGACCAGGACAGAACGUUUCCAGUGCCAUUCUUAUGCGUUGCCUGGCCUGGACGCAGCUGCUGCGUCAACACUGCGCUCCGGGCAGCUGGGAGACCCUGUGCCUGGACGCUGCAGCCGCUGCCCGCGAGGAGGGCAACCUACAGCUGUCACAGUGCCUCCUAAAACAAUUCUUUGGCCAGCCGCUGGAGGAGAUUGCCGGGCAGUUGGCAACGCUGCCAGUAACGGAGAAUCCGGACCUGAAGCGUGGCUACAGCGAGCUAGUCAAGUGCCUGCAUCUCCAACAGCAGCAGCAGCAGCAGCAGCAGCAUGUUCCGUGCGGAGAGCUGCCCACCUCCAUUGAUAUCUGCGCCUCGCUCUGCCUCAACCUACAGCGAAGCGGCGAGGGAGCCGACCUAUUGCUCAAUCUCUCCGAUUGGAUUGCCACCCGAAGCUGCAGCGGCCUGGUUACGAAUCAGUCACCCGUUCUUGCCCAGCUCCUGGAGCAACUGCCCGAAUGCCCGCUGACCUGCGGCUCUGGCCAACCAUUGGCCAUUCCCCAAGCCGAGAGCCUGGUGGCCCGCCUCGUCCAUGCCAGCCUCAGGCAGCGACCGAACUGCGAGGAGGCAUUGAUAGCCUACGGCAACUGGUGCUAUCGCUGGGGCAAGAAAAUCGUCGACAGCGGCACAGUGCUCACCCAGACGGAUGUGGCUGCGAUCAGUCAGGCCUUGGAUCUACCGCAGCCACUGGACAGCGAGGGAUUGAAUGAACUAUUGCAGGCCUUGAGCAUGGAGCAGCCGCCGGCCAAGUGUGUGGAGGUGUGCCCCGAGGCGGCACGUGCCCGGGAUGAUGAGGCGGCCAAGGCUUGUCUUCGGAGACUACCUCUACUGGCGGAACGUCCAUCGGAAGUUCUGGAUGCAGUCCUAAGGAUCUGGCGCCGGGCCAUAGCCAAUACCUAUGAUUACUAUAGGGAUGCAGCUCGCUCCUACUUCCAGUAUCUCCAGGUCAAGUCAGGCCAUUGCGGUGCAGUUCCAGCAGAGGGACGCUUCCAUGUGGACGACAGCAACCUGGUGACGACCACACUGCGCCUGCUCCGCCUGAUUGUGAAGCAUGCCAGCGGACUGCAGGAGGUCCUGGAGCAGGGCCUAAGCAACACGCCCAUAGCCCCCUGGAAGGUGAUUAUCCCGCAGUUGUUCAGCCGCCUUAAUCACCACGAACCCUAUGUGAGAAAGAGCGUCUGUGCACUGCUCUGCCGCCUGGCGGAGAGUCGCCCACAAUUGGUGAUAUUCCCCGCUGUGGUUGGAGCCAACAGAGAGCAGCAGAGCGAUGUGGAGGCAACGCCGAAGGAAUCACAACCCUCCACUGAGGAUGCCUGCUGCUAUGGCUACCUGUUGAACGCACUCUCCAAGCAGGCGCCCGAGGCAGUGCAGCAUGUCCAACUGAUGGUGAAGGAGCUGCGACGCGUGUGCCUGCUUUGGGAUGAGUACUGGAUCCAUUCGCUGGCCAACAUAUACAACACCUACGUGAGCCGUGUGAGCGCCCUGGCCACCGAAUUCCGGCCGGAUGAUCAUGAGGGCAAGAACAAUCGAUUCAAUGCGUGGCGACCACAGCUGUUGGCCGACCUUGAAGCUCUGGCGGCACUCACAGCCCGUCCGCCUGAGACCAGCUAUGAGAGGAGCUUCCGUAAGCGUUUCGAUGCCCCGAUUCGAGCCACUGUGGAGGCAUUGAGGACGCGACGCUAUCCCGAGGCCUGGGACAAGCUGAAGCAGCUAUAUCACAUCCUGCAGGCGAACAUGAUACGCGGCACGGGCAGCACCCUCAAGAUGCAGAGCCUGAGUCCGGUUCUAUGCGGCAUUGGACGCAUGCGGAUCUGCAUGCCCGGCCUGGAUGCCCACGACGAGGAUGAGAAGGUGUAUAUCGAGAGUGUGGAGGGAACGGUAUGCGUAUUGCCCACCAAGACGAAGCCCAAGAAGGUGGCCUUCUAUGGCAGCAAUGGUCAACGCUACACGUUCCUCUUCAAGGGCAUGGAGGAUCUGCAUUUGGACGAGCGCAUCAUGCAGUUCCUGUCCAUUUCGAACGCCAUCAUGGCCUGUCGCAGCGAUGCCCCUGGCAAUGGUUGCUAUCGUGCCCACCACUACUCCGUGAUACCGCUGGGACCGCAGUCGGGAUUGAUUAGCUGGGUGGAUGGCGUUACUCCGCUCUUUGCCCUCUACAAGAAGUGGCAGCAACGACAGCCUCCCCAGGUAUCCAGCAAAACGGGAGCAGGAGGAGGACCGGGAGCAGGAGCCAAUGCCACGCGACGUUUUACGGAUCUGUACUACAGCAAGCUGUCACCGCUCCUGGCCAAGCAUAAUCUCCAGGUCAGUGAUCCACGACGGCAGUGGCCCAUAUCGGCGUUGCGACAGGUCCUUGCCGAGCUAUCGCAGGAGACGCCGGGCGAUCUGCUCGCCCGUGAGCUGUGGUGCCAGGCGGCCAAUGCCGCCGAGUGGCGUCAAUCGGUGCGACGCUAUGCCCGCUGCAUGAGCGUCAUGUCCAUGAUUGGCUACGUCAUCGGCCUGGGCGAUCGGCAUCUGGACAAUGUUUUGAUCAACCUGGGCAGCGGGAACAUCGUUCACAUCGAUUACAAUGUCUGCUUCGAGAAGGGACGCACACUGCGGAUACCGGAGAAGGUGCCCUUCCGUCUCACCCAGAAUCUGGUGCAUGCCCUGGGCAUUACGGGCAUUGAGGGCUCCUUCCGUCUAGGCUGCGAGUACGUCCUGAAGGUGAUGCGCAAGGAGCGUGAGACUCUACUGACCCUUCUGGAGGCCUUCGUAUACGAUCCUUUAGUGGACUGGACCAUCAACGAUGAUGCCCAGGCCCUGCGUCGAUCCCUGGGAGCCAAGCAGCAGGCAGCAGGAGGAGCACCUGGUGCAGGUGCAGCUGGCGGCUACAAGAAGGACAAGAACAAGAUUAAGGCGCACGACUGGGAUACCAAGCGGCAGCAUUUCCUGACCAAAAUGACCCACCUGCAGAAGUAUUGGGCCUGCAACCAGGUGGAGAUGCAGAUGCAGCUACAGGAAAUGGACCAGGAAGUGGGCAACCUUCAAGCAGUGCAGGCCCAGCGCCUGGUCGCCGAACAGGAGCUGGUGGAGCUGAACCAACGCAGCGCCCUAAUCGCCGAAAUCAAAUCCCUGGGCACGGCCAUCGAGAGUCACAGCUUCAACACGGCCUCCCUGCGCCAUGCAGUGCGUCGCGGACACUCGGAGGCGCUGGCCAAGCUCAGUGCCGAACGGCAGGCGGAUUAUGUCCAGGUCCAGUGCCUCCUCACCAGCUAUGGCCAGUGCCUGCAGCCGUAUCACCUGGGCGAGCUACAUGCCCAGCUCCUUCAGCUGCAGAUGGAGACGGAAAGAAGCAGCGAUACCGAUACCGCGCUCCCGGAGAUCCUGCAGCUCUCCGGCUACGAUGGUAUGCGUGGCCAGUUGGUGGAUCUGCUGAGCUGCCUGGAUCGGACGGCGCUGCACACUUCCGAGCACUUGCAACAGUAUGCAGCAGUGAUGAACUUCUUCCCGGAACAGAGCCACCGCCAGAAUCUGUUCGUUCGCUUCCACGACAGCUAUGGAGCGUAUAUCCAAAACGGAGGAUCUUCGGACACGGCCAGUGAUCCCAACUCAUCUUCCAGCUCCAUAAUUUGCACCGCGGAUGUGCUGGGCGUGGCGGAAGCCUUGGAAUCCGCAUGGCUGCAACACACCUGCCAGCUGCAGGAGGCAACGCAACGCUAUGCCGCCAAGCAGGCCAUAACCCUCGGUCCGACCACAGCCGUUCUGCUCGCAGCGAUUGGUCAAAGCGGCUGCAGCCUGCUGCUGCUCAAGGGCAGCCUGGUUCGGACCCUGGACCGAGCUGGAGCAGCUUUCGGAGCCUACGAACAGGCGGCCUUGGCUGCCGAGAAUGAAGAGCUGCUACACCAUCAGCUGCACUUCAUCCACUUGGUGCGCUCGAUGUGCCAGGGCGUGCUGGUGGCAAUGCAGGAGGACCUGUAUCUGGGACAAGUGGAGACCUUGCUGACCGCUUUGUUGAACCUUAAACAGUUCUUUGAGUACGACCUCCCAGCCAGCAUCUAUCGACUGCUGUUGCUGCAACCCAAUCUGGGUCAGUUGAGUGCCAUGUGUCACCUGAGUGCCGUCAGCCUGGGGCAGUUGUACUUUGAGGCCACCCUGGAGCGAGAUCAGCCAACGGAGGAGCUGCCAGCGGAGCGUCGCUUCAUGCUCUCCCUGCAGCCCGCUUUCGAGCAGUUCCAGCAGGCUGCCUCAGCAUUGAAUACCCUGAUGCGCAGCAUCAAAGUGUUGCUGGAGGAUGUGAAGGAGGUGCAGGCCCAGCAGCAGCUACUGGCCUCGGGUCUGUUCAAAAAUCGCAUGGAGCUGGAGGACGAGUACUUCUUUGGCCUGAUCAGCGAGACCCUGGAGAUCAGUCGCACCUGUGAUGUCCGGGAGAUGGCGCGUCCUAUGCUGGGACUCAUUCACAAUCUCCAAUCGGAUUGUUUGGCUGGAUUACUGCCUCUGUUGGCCCGCAAUUUCUACAUCUCGAUGGGUCCACAGUGUCAGCCUCCCACGACGAAUUGCAGUUCACUGGGAGAUGCCACGCAGGCGGAUCACCUCUGCGAGAGCCUGUUCAUCUCGCUGCAAUCGGACGGCGCCCAGCAGCAGGAGCAGGCGGAGCUGGCCCUGCUCAAUCAGCAACUGGAGCUGCAUACGCUGGCCGCCUCGGCGCAGUAUUGGGCCUACUCGGAGGCCCUGGGUCAGCAGUUGCGCGGCGGCCAUCACAUUGUCAGCCGCCCGAAGCUGGCGGCGCUCAUUAACGAGGGUUGGCAGCAGCUGGAGAAGGAUUUGGGAGCGCUGCAGAUCCUCCAAGGCGGACUGGAGUCACAGCUGAGUCACCUGCAGUCGCAGCGCAGCAACUGGAAUCGAAAUCACAUUGAUAGUUUCCUUCGGACCGAGCAGGAGCACACCCAGCAAGUGGCGGGACAUGUGGCAGUACUGCGGCAGCUGACGGGAGCCGCUGGUGCUGUCUCAAGGCUAGAGCAGGUCGGCGACAAUCCGGAGCGGCAGCAGAUGGUGGAGCAUUUGGAGAAUUGGCUGGCCGCUCACGGUCAAUGGCAGACCAGCUGUGCACGGAUCAGUGCCGUGGAGCAGGGCAUAGUGGAACUCCUCGAUCCCGAGGGCGCCAUCGAUCCGUAUUGGCUGGAGAAUGUACAAGGGCUGCUUGAGGAGCAGACUUGCAGGUUACAGCGAGAAAUGGCAGCGUUGGAGUGCGAGCAGCAGGGCAAGCAUCGGUUCCUCUGCACGCUGGUCAAGGAAACUCAGCGCCUGCAGGAAAAGAUGCCACGCUUCCACGUCCGCAGCCUCUGUGCCGAGGCCCAGGCGCAGGGACAGGGCAAACUUGUGCCCUCGGAUCUUCAGCUGCUGUGCGGGCAUCUCCGUGACUGCCAGCGUUUAUUGCAGUCGCUCUUCCAGCGCCUGAUGGAUCUGCGUAAGGAUAUGUGCGCCGAAAGGAGAUGCCUGCACCCGGUAAUGCUUCAGGGCUGGCGACAGCAGCUCCAGCUCAUCCAGGCCAUGGCCGCCCAGGAGGUUACCGAGUUUUUCAAGAGCAUGGACGAGCAGUUGCGGCAUGUAGGUGAAACGGACACCUACGAGACCUUCACCACGCAGACCAAGGGUGCCAGCAAUCUGCACGAGCAGAAACGCAACGCCUAUGGCGUCUCCGUAUGGAAGAAGAUACGCAUGAAGCUGGAGGGUCGCGACCCGGAUGGCAAUCAACGCAGCACUGUGGCCGAGCAGGUGGACUAUGCCAUACGCGAGGCCAUCAAUCCGGAUAAUCUGGCCGUCCUAUACGAGGGCUGGACGCCGUGGGUCUAGGUCGCCCAAUACUGGUUGGCCGCAUUUAUCCGGCUUCUUUGACAUCACAUCAACAAUUUGGGGGCAAUUAGGAUCUCCUUUGGUCGCGGUCUCGGUCUCGGUCUCGGUACGGGCUAGCAGUCGCUGCCCUCCGGAAAAAAAGGCCUUGGCGGAACACUAGCGAGUGUCGCCGCCACCUCCUCCCAAACCACGAGUAGUUGCUUAAGCGUUAGACGACGACGGAAGACGGACAACGAAAUGAUGACGAAACACAAGCCGCACUCCGGAGAAAGAGAGAGAGAGAGAGAGAGAGAUAGAAUGCACAGGAUCGGCACGAUCCGCCGGCAGCUGAAGGAUCUUCUAUCCCGGAUCUAUUUUCAAAGAUAUCGAAAAAUGGACAGCGGGUUUCAUGGUUUCAACAUUGUUAUGUCCGGCUCCUCCGGGCUCAAGAUUAUCUUAUUUUCCUCUUUUAUUUUCUGUUUUGUUCGUAAUGUAGUUUUUGUUUUAAGCCAAAGUUGUUCCAAUCCUCCCAUAACCCCUAACCUCACCUUCUUUUUUUUAGUUAAGUUAAAAAUCCAACAAAAAGCAAUGUUAACUUUUAAGCCGAUUAUUGUGUUACCAAAUUAAUCCGAGUAGCCAUAUUAAACCUACCGUUUACAUAGGUAUAUGCAUAUGUAUAUAUAUGUAACACCUUU